AUGCGAACCCUCUUUUUUCCUCUUAUGGUCAGACCGCAAGGAUUGAAUCUGUGACCCGUGUCAGGGUCUUAGACUGUUACUGGGCCGGCACUUCCCCCAAAACACUGGUCUACCGGUCCAGAGUCUCCCACUAGAUUUGAACUGGUGAAGGGUUAGAAGUGCCGCGCCUUCAGCCACUUCAGUUGGUCCUGCGGGGUCCGUCAGUCAUGUCUUGCCUUCCCGUCCCUUACUAAAGAGGAAGGGAGAAAAAAACAAAAUAAAAAAACCUUGGAGGGAGAGGGGUAUGUGCAUCUUACCUCAUAAAUCUGGCUUCUCCCCUCCGCUACUAUGAUCUGAUUUUUUCUAUUUCUUUCCUUUCCCCCUCCCACCAGUCAUUAAAGGCAUUCACCAUCCAUCCCUCCUAUAAAAAAAAAGAUUCACCUACGUAAAGUCGGUUCAAUCAGUCACACAUACCAUGGCAGCAGCAGUCAAAUUAGGCGUUGAAAAUGUCCUCAAUAAACUCUCACUGGGCUCAAGUGCCACUGAGCCAUCCCCGGAAGCUGUCAAAGCCUUGAAGGCAAAUUUUGAGAGUGUCGGCCAAGGCCACGUUUUUACAUUCUACGAUGAUCUGAGCAUACCUGAGAAGGCAGCUCUCUUCGAGCAACUAUCUAGCAUGGAUCCUCAAAGGAUAUCUGUAAGUUUUUACCGCUGCAACUCCGGGUUUUGAUGUUGCACCGCUUCCAUAUAUCCGAUCUUAAUAUGUCGUGCGCGAACUGCGAUUGCACAUUGCACAACCCUUCAAUCUCAUUAGGUACUGACGGUAAUUUCAACUAGGUUAUAACCGAAGAAGCCCUUUCGCCUCCCCCUCCAACCGAAACUCCCAGAGUCGAACCUCUUCCAGAGGAUGCCACGGCUUCCAUUAUGGACAGCGCUGCAUCUGAUAUCAAUGGCUGGUACGAGAGCGGCCUCCAAUUGAUUGGCCAAAAUGAGGUGGCAGUUGUCCUUAUGGCAGGUGAGGCAUCACCGUAUUAUAUCCAUCGCCCCAGUAAUAUAUUAAACACGCAGCAGGUGGCCAGGGAACGAGGUUGGGCUCCAGUGCUCCCAAAGGCUGCUUUGAUGUCGGCCUUCCUUCCAAGAAGUCACUUUUCCAGCUCCAGGCGGAGAGGAUCUAUAAAGUCCAAGAACUUGGGGCGAAGAAAAUAGGAAACGCGAAGGCUGUGGUUCCUUGGUACAUCAUGACCAGUGGUCCUACAAGAGGACCUACCGAAAAGUUCUUCCAAGAGAAUAACUUUUUUGGCCUGUCAAAGGAAAACGUAGCCUUUUUCGAGCAGGGUGUUCUGCCUUGUAUUUCCAACGAGGGAAAGAUUAUCCUAGAAUCCAAGUCCAAGGUUUGCCGCCAAAAAGGGUUAUCACCUGCGCCGAUAACUAAUAGGUGCAUAGAUCGCAGUCGCUCCCGACGGAAACGGCGGUAUCUACCAAGCCUUGGUCGCAUCAGGUGUUCUCGCCGACCUAAGAACUCGAGGAAUCAAGCAUGUCCAUGCCUACUGUGUCGACAACUCCCUCGUCAAGGUCGCCGAUCCUGUAUUCAUCGGCUUCUCCGCCUCCAAAAAUGUGGACCUUGCAACUAAGGUAGUGCGCAAGCGUAAUGCUACCGAGUCUGUCGGCCUCAUCAUUCUCAAAAAUGGCAGGCCAGACGUCGUCGAAUACUCGGAAAUUGACACCGAGACCGCCGAAGCAAAAGAUGAGAAGAACAAGGGCAUUCUCAAAUUCCGUGCUGCGAACAUUGUCAACCACUACUACUCCACCCGCUUCUUAGAAACCAUCCCCGAAUGGGUCACUUCACUGCCGCAUCAUAUUGCCCGCAAGAAGAUUCCCUACCUCGAUACCAACUCAGGAGAGCAGAAGAAGCCUGAAAAGCCGAAUGGCAUCAAGCUCGAGCAGUUUGUCUUUGACAUCUUCCCUCGUAUCCCUCUAGACAAGUUUGGCUGUUUGGAGGUCAGACGCGAGGACGAAUUCUCGCCCCUGAAGAACGCUAGGGGCACUGGUGAAGACGACCCGGAUACUUCCCGCAGGGACGUCUUGAACCAGGGCAAGAAAUGGGCUGAGACGGCCGGUGCCACUAUUGUAAGCAUGGAAGCAGAGUCCGGUGUUGAAAUUUCACCUCUCGUUAGUUAUGUACGUUCCCUCACCCCUAGCUUUCACUGAAAUUCGAUACUAACCUCCAUAAAAGGGCGGUGAAGGCUUAGAGUUCCUAGCGGGUCGGGAGAUUAAAGCAGUUGCUGCUAUUGGUAAGGGGGAUUAGUCGCUAUGAGACAGCAUAUGUCUUGGUGUUUCCAUUAAAGGGUUUUACAUGUUUAUACCCAGCCAUACCUAUUUAUGAUACCGGAAUAAAUUAA